AUGGCAGGACAGGCUAUUGUGAAUCCGCACCAGAAAGGCGAUAUCGGCUUUGAUCAAUCGGAGUUAACUAAUUCAUCUGUUUACGCUCUCUCUCGAGUCAGUGACUCAUCUUUCAAAAUCAGUAAGAUUUUGUGGUUACUAAUUUUCAUGGCCUGCCUUUCCGGGGGCAUUUACAAAAUUCAAAAGUUUUAUUUCUUAUAUCAUCAGUAUCCAAUUGUUGUCGACUUUCGCACUUAUCAAAAGAAAAGCCUGGAAUUUCCCGCUGUGAGUAUUUGCAACUUGAAUCGAUUCAAGAGUCGUCAAAGAGAGUGCAGCACAACGCCGAUUUUCGUUCAGGACAAUGAAACAGGAACACCUCUUCUAUUUUCUGAACGAAGGAGUUUGCACUAUUGCAAUUCUGGAAACGGAGCCCAAAGUAAAGAGGACACAAAUUAUCAGAAUCUGAAAUUUAUGAAGGAAUAUUACGAGAAAGACGAGAUGACCCGUUUGAUGAUGGGCCAUUUCCCCAUGGCUAUGAUAAGACAUUGCUCGUUUAAUGGAAAGAAAUGUUCUUGGUUCGAUUUAGAUUAUAUCACGAAUUACCGCUUUGGGAAUUGUUUAUUGUUUAACAGGCAAAAUAAAGGGAAAAAAGCGUUGCGAAUUGAAGAAACUGGUGUUGGAGAGGGUUUGCUUUUAGAUUUAAACCUGCAAGCUUUCGACUACUUAAAUAUAACUGAAACUGUUGGUGCCAAAAUAAUCAUUCACGAUCCUCGCUAUAAUCCCAGUCCAGAAGAAGAAGGAUUUUAUGUUAGUCCUGGAUUUGAAACUUUGGUAUCUUUGAAACAAAAAUAUGUUUCAAGGCUGUCGACUCCUUACAGAGAUCGAUGUAUUAAUUACGAAAAACAGCCAGACUCCUCUAUGCUUAAUAAGUAUCAGUGUAUUCGAAAAUGUAUACAGGAACAAAAUUAUGCAAAAUGUGGCUGCACUGAUCAAACUUUAGAUUCAAUGAGCAACCUAAAAUCCUGUGAUAUUCUAAAUAAAACGCACGCAUGCUGCUUGGAUGCAGUUGUAGAUGGUAUGGCUCUCAGCGGCCCAACAUGUGACUGUCCAUUGCCAUGCAGGUCUGUCAUCUAUAAGGAAGAAAUAUCAAGAUCUAGAUUGCCAUUAAAGAGGAUGGAGUACUUAAUAAUGCAAGAUGGAAGCAAAUGCAGAAUUAACCAAGGAUUGCUGCGACUCAAUAUAUUUUAUUCAAGCUUAGAGCGACUCGAAUAUAAACAACGACCCAUGUGGCAAAUUGAGGAACUUUUGAGUUAUUUUGGAAAUGAACUUGGAUUAUGGCUGGGGAUGUCUUUUAUGAUAUUUUUUGAUAUGACUGAAAAACUGAUUAUUCUGGGCAGAAUAAUGUUAAAAAAUUCUGGUUGGUAA